GUUGUUUACCAAAAGCCCAACGCAGAAGAAGGAGCAGAAGCCGAAGCCGAAGAAGAAGAAGAAGAAGAAGAAGCAGAAGAAGAAGCAGAAGAAGAAGCAGCGUUGUGUUUACCUUCAGUUUCUCACCGGAGCAAAACACAGGGAACACAAAAUGGCGACAUCCAUGCUGCGAUUAGGUCGAAACGGUUGUUUCAAGUGUCUCCAGUUGGAGAGCUUGGGCGUCCUGAGGAGUGGAUCAGCUGCUGCGCUCUGCACUCAGGCUGAAGAGACAGCCAAGUCAACCAAAAAUACCAAGGCUGCGAGCAAGAAUUGUGCCUCUGCCGAGGCCCUUGGAGAUGCUGCUGAAGAAGCCCCUGAAGAAGCUACUACAGAGCCUUUAGAAGCUGAAGCUGCCCCCGCUGUAGUUGCUGCUGAGACUCCAGCUGAAGUUUCUGCCCCUGUGGAAAGCCCCAAGGAGCUGAUGGACCCUGCUCCAAUCAUAGUUGAAGCUGAAGAAGCAGAUCUGCAGGCAGAGGCCACAGUUGAACCAUCUGAUGAGACUGUCGUAGCAGCACCUCCAGAGCCUGAGGAGCCAUUUGACAACAGCACUUAUAAAAACUACCAGCACCACUGCUACACCCCUUACACAUUUGCUGACCUGGAUGUAGAGAUGGCAAAGUUUCGUCUCCCUCAGCCGUCCUCUGGCAGACCCUCGCCCAGACAUUAGAGGAGCGUACAGCUAAAAACCUGGUGAUGGUGUUUUCCUUUUUCCAUAAGGUCAUCCCCCACCUGUCACAGCUUGAAAUUCAGCUGUUAAAGAUCUUAUAUUAUUAAAGUUCCCAAAUAGGAAAUGA